AUGGUUGCAGAGAAGUUUGCUGCCGAGGGCUCAAACGUGGCUAUCAACUACUAUUCAAGUGAGGCACAAGCAAAGGAGCUUGCUGCAAAGAUAGAGGCGGACCACAAGGUUAAAGCCAUCCCCAUUCAAGGAGAUGUGGCCCUCCGGGCGGAUUGUGAGAAUUUAGUUAAGAAAACCAUUGAGCUCCUGGGAGGAAUCGAUGUUAUCAUCUCUAAUGCUGGAUGGACUAAAAUUUCUCGGUUUGGAGACUUGAACGCCCUAACGGAUGAUGAAUGGGACAAGGUAUGUAUCCGGAUGCGUGAAGAGAUCGAAAUACAUAGGUUGCUGAUAUAUGUGAAAAACCAGUGCUGGAACACCAACGUGAAAGCAAACUUGCAUCUCUUCCGCGAAGCAGAGCCAACCUUCAACGCUAAUCCAGAAGGAGGGGCAUUUAUUAUCACGUCCUCCGUUGCCGGAGCCACCCCUGGUGGCAGUAGUAUGGCUUACUCUGUUAGUAAGGCCGCAAGUAUGUAUAUAUGGACCGUUUCUAUACAUUAUGCCGUGUUUACUAACAAGUAUGCAGGUAUCCAUCUAAUGAAGGGUCUGGCUUCGUCCCAGAGUUCGAAAAUCCGUACAAACGCAGUGCUUCCAGGCCUACUGCUCACGGAAUGGGUCAGUUCAAACACUUGA